AUUUCAUACCUCAGAGUACGCCUUCUCAUCUUCCGCUUCUUAUUUCAUAGCUUGAAGCAAUCUUUGCCUUCUUCCUUAAUCCCUGUUCUGGUUCCCCUACAUUAGUAUUCAGUAAUUUGAAAUGGCAAAACACUUCACCUUAUUGAGCUUGUUGGCUCUCACUUGCUGCAAUAUUGCAUUUGCUUUUGAGACUAAACCCCUGCAGGAUUUCUGUGUUGCAGAUCCUAACAGUUCAGCAAGAGUGAAUGGCUUAGUCUGCAAGAAUCCCAUGCUAGCUCAGGCCAACGAUUUUUCAUUCAGUGGUCUCCAUGUAGCAGGCAACACAUCCAACCCUUUUGGGUCCAGGGUCACCCCUGUCACUGUGGCUCAGCUACCAGGGCUCAACACUCUAGGCAUUUCAAUGGCACGCAUUGACUAUGCACCAUGGGGUAUCAACCCACCACACACACACCCCCGAGCGUCUGAGAUUCUGACAGUCCUAGAAGGUCCACUCUUAGUUGGAUUUGUUACCUCAAACCCAGAGAACCGCCUUAUCACAAAGGUCCUCCAGAAGGGUGAUGUGUUUGUGUUCCCAGUAGGACUCAUUCACUUCCAGCGUAAUGUGGGAUAUGGAAAUGCGGUGGCAAUUGCAGCAUUGAGCAGCCAAACCCCAGGAGUCAUCACCAUUGCCAAUGCUGUUUUCGGGUCAAAUGCACCCAUUGCCAGUGAGGUUCUUGCCAAGGCAUUCCAGGUUGACAAAAACAUUGUGGACCAGCUCCAGUCAAAGUUCUAGAGCAGUAAAACCUUGAUGGAAAGAAAUUUCAGUGUGUGAGGGAUAAAGCACUGCUGUUUUGCUUAUGUUUUCAUUAUGUGA